AUGCGUUACUGGGCACUCGUGCCCCAAAUCUCUGACCCGUCCAGCGAUGGUCCCGCGGGUGGGGCCGUGGCCCGGGCCUGCGAGCAGUACAGCACCAAGGUGUACGCCUGUGUGCACGGGGACCGCGCCAUGGGGCCCGGGGCCUGGACCCUGGUGGGCGUGGGGCACCUCCUGCUGCUUGUGUGCAUUGUGGCCCACUGCCUCCUGCCUGACCUCAGGACCCUCCAAGGCCAGUAUAUACUGUGCAUGGUGGUCACGCUGCUGCUAUACAACCUGAUGCUCUUCCCUGCUUCAGCCAUCGACUUCCCUGCCAGCCACGUCGCCUGUAUAGCUCUCAGUGAGUGACCUGCCAUCAAGUACUUCUUCUUCUGCGGCGUGUUCCUGUGGUUCUCAGUCGUCUGCUUCGACGUGUGGCGCACGCUCAAGCGGGGGGAAGACGUUGGGGGACGUCGCAGGUUCGUGCUGUACAGCACCUACGUGUGGGUGCUGAGUGCUGUGCUCACCACAGCUGUGCUCGUCCUCAGCAUCAGCACGGGGGCUGAGGCACCCGCCAGCUCCCCAGCCAACAGCCUCCCCAUGUGCUCCCUGGGACGUGGCGUGAACCUGGUGCUGCAGCUGGUGCAGAGCGCCACAAUCUUGGCGUGUGGCGUGAUGCUGGUGCUCGCCUCAUGCCAUCUGUGCCACUACACUAAACUGGGAUGUGGCUUACCCAGAGCCGACGCCACGAUGUGGCUGUACCUUGUACCCCCAGGCUGUACCCUGUACCCCUGUACCCGCAGGCUGUGGCAGUUCGUGGUACUGGAGAGCGUGGCGGUGUUCGCGGUGCUGGUGUACCGCAGGUCCGUCCUGAAGGUGGCGUACCGCGCCGCGUACCGACGGUGCUUCUGCUGCAGGGACGAGAUGGGGGACCACGAUGGAGGG